AGCUCAGUUCACUUCACUUGGACCGAGCAACCCGUCUCAUACCUCAAAGCAAAGACUUGGUACUCCUCGACUUUUCUUUUUUCUUCACGAAGCUCAGGCAGCUAUCCCACCCAACGACGGAAAUAUUCUUGUACUGAAUAUCACUCGAUCGCAUCUUGAGCUGUCCGUAUAUCGACAGCCAGCAGCACAUAUCUUUCGAGUACUGUACUUGUGCUACAAAUACCUUGUACAUCUACAGGUCGCCCAAUAUGUCUAGUGUGCCGCCUCAACCGCCGCACUUUGACCGAUAUAUCGUCAUCCAUGUUGCUACCACCUGCGACGAGCACGGUGUCUACGUGACCAAGGACUCGGCAGAAGUCAUUGAGCUCGGAUGGAUUGAGCUCGAUGCUAAGACUUUAGAUGAGCUUCACCGCGAGAGUGUGCUCGUGAAACCCAUCAACACACCCAUCACUCCUCUUUGCACGAGCCUGACGACGCUCACCUGGGAGCAUGUCCGCAACGCAGGAACUUUCCGUGACGCGAUUAACCGCUUCGAUGCCUUUGCGACCGAGCAUCUUACCAACCAGAACCUUGACUUCGUCUUCGUAACCCUCGAUGCUUGGGACCUUCGUGUCCAGCUCCCCCGUGAGGCUCGGGACAAAGCCGUCGUGCUGCCACCAUAUCUACAGCACUCGCGAACAUUUGACCUCCGCACCGAAUACCAGCGCUGGCAACAGCACCACCCCGAGUCGCUACCAUUCGGCCCCAGCAUGCUCUCUAAUAUCUGCGCAGCGCUAGAGGUCGAGCCCGUGCAGUCGAGCGCCCCUAUCAAGCACAACCUGCCUUUCCAUUUGCAGGCUCUGGCUCCGGCCUCGCCUCGUCGUGCCAUGGAGGAAGCUGUCACUCUUGCCCGUGUGCUUAGAGGGCUCAUCCGCAAGUCUCAACCUCCUCACGAGCACCCCGAUGUCCUUACCCGGCCCAUGGACGCCCGCGCUGAUGUCCGCGCCUUCCUGUCUGAGCGCAGCAAGGUUUUGCACAUGUCUGGCUUGCCCCAUGACACGACCCAAUCCGAGCUCGAGAGCUGGUUCACGCAAUUCGGUGGUAGACCCAUCGCUUUCUGGACUCUCCGAACUCCAGAGCAACACAAACCAACCGGGACCGGCUUCGCUGUGUUCUCGUCCCAUGAAGAGGCUGCCGAGAGCCUCUGCAUGAACGGACGUGCCCUCAACGAAAAGGCCAUCGAGGUUUCGCCUUCUUCAAGCAGAGUGUUGGACCGGGCCGCAGAGAUUCUGACCCCCUUCCCUCCCAGCAAGAACCGGCCGAGACCAGGUGACUGGACUUGUCCUUCGUGUGGCUUUAGUAACUUCCAACGACGUACUGCUUGUUUCCGAUGCUCUUUCCCCGCCGUUGGUGCCGGUGGUCCUCAGGCCGAUGCCGGUAACUACGGCGGUGGUUACGGUGGUAACUAUGCAGCUCCUCCCAUGAUGCCUCCUCCUCACCAUGGAGGUCAUCACCACGGUGGCGGUAUGGGCCACGGCCAUGGUCGUAUGGGCGGCAGUGGCGUGGUCCCUUUCCGCGCUGGAGACUGGAAGUGUGGCAAUGAAGUGUGCGGUUACCACAACUUCGCCAAGAAUGUAUGCUGCCUUAGAUGUGGCGCGAGUCGAGCUGGCGCUGCCGUCGUUGCAGAUUCAGGCUACCCAUCCCCCAUGGACAACGGAUCUAACUACGGCAUGAACAACCACUCUGUAGCUGGCACUCCUGGACCCGGCCCAUACGCCUCUGCUGGUGCUCCCUUCGGUGGAGCUGGUGGUGGCUAUGGCCAGCACUUCGGUGGCCCUCCUAGCACCUACGCUCUACCAUCUGGUAUCGGCGGUGGUGCUGCCCCUUAUCCGUCUACCCUCAACACCCACCUUGGCGGCCCCAACCCUGGAUCUCACUCAGCCGGCCCCUUCGACAGCCGCGCCGCCGAGGCUGCUUUCCAGUCUGCUGGCAAUGGUCCUGCCUCUGCCGGGCCUUCCAACAACAACAACUUCUUUGGCUCGCAAUCUGAGAACGACCCCUUCGCGUUCCUUUCAUCCGGUAUGGGCGGUCUUUCCGUUAGUGGAGACGCUCGUCAGAACGGCUCUCAGGGUGGUCCCCAGAGCAAGUCACCCGCUGCCUAGUAGGCUUCGUCAACUUGCACUUCUCAAUUAAUCUGUACCUGAGUACUGUUUGGUGGCUGCGAAUUUCUCCUUGGGCUGUUUCGACAGGUAUACAUCACGUCAUGGCGCUUUCAGCAAAAAGCUUGUCUACUCUGCAAUGCCAAUCGCCCUAGUAUAACAAGUUGCACAUCACAUUUGCCAUAGCGAUGUGCAGCUCUACAACUCUCCGACUUGCAUUUUAUCACUAAUUUCUGCACCAUACUCGGAAGACUGUCACUCGAUAGACCAAGAGUUUCCUUGGCGAUACUUCUC